AUGAAAUCUAAGUCUACGUAAAACCCUUCUUCUGAGGUUAAUUCAAAGAAGCAGGAAACAUAAAAGCAACAUCUUAAGAAUGUAGAGACUUAAUGUGAUCCCUUAGCAUAAGCAAAAUCUACUUUCCAACAAUUGCUGGAUAUUCACUCUCAUAGAAAUUUUCGUAAAUCUCUGUUUGUUCUAAUUUCAAUCCACUUGUUGACUUUUUUCACACCUUUCACUCAAUUCGUACUCGAUCUCCCUGCUAACAUAUAAAUGAUUUUCUAAGAGACUUUUGAAAUAUGGCCUUUCCCUACAUACUCAGUUACCAACGAAAACUAGGUUCACAUGAUUAAUCUAGUUUUUAAGGGUUUAGAAAUUAGCGUAAUGCUACUUUAUACAAUUGACUUACUUCCUAAGAUCUUCAUAUGGAAGAAGCCUCUUACAUGGAAAAUAUUAAACGUCCUUGUCGUUACACUUAUGGUUGUAUAAGUUCCCUUGACCAUGCGUUAAUAUUAGCUCCAUGCAUUUUCUACUGAUCACCUAAAAAUUAGAAUUUGCUCUAUUGGUCUUUCAUUCUUACUUCUUUGUGAGAUUAUGUCAAUUAGAGAGUAAAAGUCUAUGAAGUCUAAAAAAAUACAAGAAACCAUCUAAAAAAUCAAGCAAAGCCAAAACGUUUCUGAAGUCAGCUAGAAAUAAUAGAACGAAAAGAUUUCAUCAUCUUACAAAGUAUAUACUUGGCCUGAAAUUAUCAAGCAUGAUAGAAGAGAAGAUUGCUGGGUCGUCAUUGAUGGCAAAGUCUAUGAUGUUACUUCACUUCUUCCUCAUCAUCCUGGUGGUGACAUGAUAUUAGAUGGUGCUGGUGGUGAGUGCACUUUCAUGUGGUAAUCUUAUCACCCAAGCUGGAUGAUAGAAAAAAAAGUUUAAGAGAAGUAUCUAAUUGGAGAAGUAAAAGAUUAUGAAAGUUUUUACUCAUACUCUGAUAACUUCUAUAUGAAUUUGAAGAAAAAAAUUGAGGAGAAGGUCCCUCGCUCUAAACGUUAGAACGAUUGGAAAUUAUUCGUAAAGGCCGCUUUCAUUAUGAUUAUGUAUUUCUACUCUAUCUAUAUGUACUUUACUCGCUGCGAUUUGAUAAGCACUUUAAUGUUUGGUUUCUUCGCUGCAUAAGUAGGAGUAAAUAUUAUGCAUGAUGGAAAUCAUGCUGCCUUUUCAAGUAAUAAAUAUAUUACUUUACUAGCAGGAUAUACUCUUGACCUUGUUUUUUCAUCUUCUGUUAUUUAUCGCCGUUCCCAUAAUUAUGGCCAUCAUGGUUGUGUAAAUCAUUAUGAACUAGAUAGAGCAUUUGAUACUACUUUCCCAUUAUUACGUUUACAUCGUAUGUAAGAAAGAGCUCCCAUGCAUAAAUAUUAAAAAUACUACGUUUGGUUAGUAUACGGACUCGCAAAUUUCGGUGAUUUAUUUGGAACUUUUGAUGAAAUGUAUUGGAUGUCUAACUAUCCUACUCGUCAAGGUCACUGCCCAAAGAAGCAAAUAAUUUUGUAAUCUAUUGUUAAAAUAAUUUGGUAUAUGUCAACUAUUGUCUUCACCUCUUUCAAAUUUGGAUAUCUUCAUGCUUUCCCCUAUUGGUUUUUAUACAUGGUUGCACAAAGUUAUGGGUACACCUUUUUCUUUGCUGUUAAUCACUGGACAGAUGAAUCUGCCUUUAUUGAUAACAAUAGCAUUAGCAACACUAACUGGGGUAUUUUACAAAUCGAAAACUCUUCAAACUUCGCUUUAGAUAGCCCUUUUUGGACUCACCUUAGUGGAGGCCUUAACUUUUAAAUUGAGCAUCACUUAGUUCCUGGCUAUAGCCAUACAAGACUACCUGAAAUCAGUUAAAUAGUUUAAGACUAUUGCAAAGAACAUAAAGUUAGAUAUUUCAGCUACAAAACAUUUUGGGAUGCACUUGUUGGACAUUACAAUCUUUUGAAAUAGCUUGGUGAAGAAGAUUGA